GGGAAAUGUCACGUGGGCUGAGCAGGAGAUGUCACGUGUAGUCUGGAGGGAGGAGGCGCACAGGGUGACGUGCAGGGUGUCAGACGCAGGAGAGUGGAGGAAGCCCACUUGAUUCUAGCAUCUACCUUUAUGGGUGAGGGAGAAAGAUGGCCUCCUUCAGGUCUGUACACACACAUCCCUCCUCCUCUAUGGUGAAUAAUGACAGGGCAAGCUACCUGGGAGCCAGGAUACCCCCGGAGGUGGAGGCCAUGGUUAAGCAUCUGAAGGACCUGGAUAUAGAUGUAUUUAGGAAGAUACUGAAGGCUGUUGUGGGUGCUCUUGAGGGUAAGAACAGCAGAGAAGCUCUGAAAGUUAUACAGCAGACAACAUCAGUAUCAGAAGAACAACUCGGUUAUAUCAUCUCUGGCGCAUACACCCUCCUACGUGUGGCACUUAGACUUCCAGUGUCAACACUUAAACAGGAGGUUUUUAAAGAAGAUUUGAAAGAUCUUAGAAUUCCUGAUGACUUCAUAGCAGAUUUUGCUAAUAUUGUGUAUGGAAACAGGCGGCCAAUUCUUGAAGAUGCGGCUUUGAAGCAAGGAAUUAGAUUGCCAACUGUGGAGGAUCUGAGGUGGAGGGUUGAUGUUGCAAUUUCCACAAGCUCUCUUUCACGAGCCUUGCAGCCUUCCAUUCUAAUGCAAAUGAAACUUUCUAAUGGAGAGUCCCAUCGAUUUGAAGUUCCAGUUGCUAAAUUCCAGGAACUGAGGUAUAAUGUUGCUCUAAUCCUCAAAGAAAUUAAUGACCUUGAGAAGAAAAGCAUCUUGAAAAUCCAAGACUGACCCAUUGGUCACUAAUGCUAGAUCCUUUUCGUGCAUAUACCAUUCUGAACGUUUCCGUAUUCACCCUGGUCCUUUGUCCAUUUCAGCAUUAAGUCAUACAGCAGGAGCUAAACUUUUACAGGCAUUCUAACCUGGAAAGGUCUCUGUUCAAUCGUGCCUAAUAUAGGGCAAAGCGUAUGCUAACUGUUGCCUGUAGUGAGGGACGGCAUCAUUGAUGUACACACUGUUGAGUCUGCCACCUCAGUGCAUUGUCCUCUGUGUGAGGCUAGCUACCGGCUCCAGUGCCAUAAUGCCUGCCCUAGAUGGCACUCUUGCCACUAGGUCACCUCCCCAAACUAUUAGUGAGAAGAUUAUUAGACAUUAAUAGGCACCAAAGGAGGUCUCUAGAAGGGGAAAGGGGGGUUAUUAAGAACAUGAAUGCCAGUAUUGAUAUGCGAGUUCAGCUAAUAGCCUUGGCAACGCCUUCAUAAAGAAAUUAAGUUCCAUAAUAUGUUGAUUUAUUUUGCAGUCAUCUCUAAAUAUUUCCGAUCACUACAAAGGGAAACAUUUUCCGGAAAAGUUCCUUUUAAUGCUUUCAUGGACAAUGCUUAGGUUAAGACUGGGAUUAAUGGAAACAGAACCUCUUGGGAUAAAGCUACUGGGUCACUUUCUAA